AUGCGAACAUCUACCACUUCAACUAAACAAUUAUCAUUUCAUGGAACGAUAUGCGGGAGAAUCGAUGAUAAUAUUGUAUUAAAAACGACAUUUGUUUUAAAAGAAACACAUGAAGUAAUAACAAAUCCUAUUUUAAUAGCUGAACGUUUUGUUAUUGAUUCAUGGAGACGUUUUGGAGCUGAUAUACUCGAUGCGUUACCAUGGGAUAUUGUAUUUUUUGGCAAUGGAAGUCAUUCGGUAAUUUGA